AUCAGACAAACAAUCUGUGUGUCAGUUAACACUUCUCUGUAGAGGAGUACAGCAGAGACAAGAGCAAAGGACUAAGAUCUGACUAACACCUUGAAAAAAAACAGAAAAGAAGAAGGUAGAAAAUGUUACAGAGGGCCGCAUCUAAUGUGUCAGACAAAGCAAGGAGCAAACCAAAGCGCUCCACAAGCUUUGGCAAAUUUGAGGGUCUCAGACAUCACUCAUCACAGGCCAAACCGAAGGAAAAUGGAACCGCUAUGGUCACAGAAGAAUGUGAGAGUUCAGACCCAAACAACUCAGCUGGACUCAGGAAGAAGAUGAAGGAGAUUUCACUGACCAUGCGCAGAAAAAUGGGCAAAAAACAUGCCAAGUCUUUAUCCGAGGAGACGGGCGAUGACACGGACAAAGAGCCAGAUGCAGAGACAGAAAGCAGCCCCCCAGCUGAGAAAAACUCCACACAGACAAGCAACUCCUUGGAGAGUCUUUACAGUGGCCAGAGCUCCUCCAGUUCAGGCGGUGUGACCAGUGAGUCCAAUGGCUCUGGUCAGAGAGACAGUCUGAGGCUGGAGGAGGACGGCUCGUAUCACGGACAGUUCUGUGGCCGAGCUCGAGUCCACACGGAUUUUGUUCCCAGUCCAUAUGACACGGACUCCCUCAAACUCAAGGUUGGUGACAUCAUCAACAUCAUCAGUAAGCCUCCAAUGGGCAUCUGGACAGGCAUGCUCAACAAUAAAGUGGGCAACUUCAAGUUCAUCUAUGUUGACGUUUUGGUGGAGAAAGAGGAAGAGGAGGAGACUCCCAAAAUCAGACAACAGAAGCUGUGCAAAAGACCUCGACCUAAAACACUGCUGGAGUUACUGGAACGCUUGAAUCUGGAGGAAUAUGCUUCUGCACUGAUGCUAAACGGCUAUGAAACAGUGGAGUCCCUGAUGCACCUGCAGGAGAAACAUCUUAUAGAGCUGAACGUCAAAGACCCAGAGCACAGACAGAAGCUACUCACUGCUGCUGAAUAUCACUACACAGGUGAUGAUGUCAGGGAUGCGGAGGAGCACAAAUCCUCCCACAGUCUGCAGGAGGAAGACAGCGACUGUCCCAGAGACUCGGGCUGCUUCAUCCCAUCAGAGUGUUCAGACAGCAAGGAGUACACAGAGCCCGUCACAGACGCCGUGGAGUCCUAAAGCGCGUGUUUGUCAUUUGUAUACUUUGAUCAAAGUUUAAAAGUUGCACAUUUUCUUAAGACUUUGAUGAAAAUGGUUUUAAAAAAUUCAUUCCAUAACUUUCUCAAAAUGUCACAAUUGUAUCCCUUGUUCCUUGUUCAAGCUUUUCUAAUGUGGAAGCUUUGACAUGUACAAAGAAGAGACAAUAUUCUAAACUUCAUAUUAUCCUUUUGUCACUUUAUCACUAUGAUAGGUAUAGGAAUUGAAUUUUGGCGGCAAGUUGCCGAAGAGGUGAAAUUUUGUCACAUUAAUGUCAUUUGUAUUUAUUGCAUUCUAAAUCUCGAAUUGUUUUUGCAUGUAAAGCUUUUAUUUAUCACAGCUGCAUCAUUUUGACCUUUCUCGUUACGUCUGAUCUCUGUUUAACUUCCGGUCUACUUUCCUUUCCUCUGAUUUGAAAGCUGUUUGUAUAUUCAGAUCUUGUCUAUAAUGCAUACUCUACAGUUUGACAAGUAUACUUUUUCUGAAAGUGCAUUUGAAUGAGAUUGUGUGUAAGAGAGCUUGUGUGUGAGCGCUCCUGUGAAAAGGAGCAUUCAUUUAUUUUCAAAACUUUUUGUAAAUAAAUUUUUUUAAAAAUACA